AUGGCUACAACAAGCGAAGGCCCCCGAAACAAGCUCCGACGUGCCACCUAUGUAAAGGUACAGGAUUUGACACCAGGUUCACAAGGUCAUAAUCUCGUGCUGCAAGUAGUUUCAGUUGCACCAGUAGUCGAAAAGAAACGCUACGACGGUGCUGUCUCACGUAUUGCUGAGGCAGUGUUGGCCGAUGAGACGGGCUGCGUUACUUUUACUGCACGAAACGACCAGAUUGACGUUCUAAAGGAAGGACUUGUGCUAGUAUUGCGCAAUACUAAUGCCGAUAUCUUUAAUGGUUUCAUGCGGCUGAAUGUGACGCAGUGGGGCAAGAUGUCGGUGCAUCCAGAUGGUGUAGCAUCUACACCACCACCACCACCGAGUAUCAAUACGGAGAACAAUAUGUCUGCUAUUGAAUAUGAACUGGUCACAGUUGACGACGCAGAUGAGUAG